AUGAUGCGGCUCUUCGUGGCCACGCUCUUGCAAUUGCGCACAUGGAGCGUUGCUGCCUUCACUCCGUCGCCGCUGCAAAUUGCGCAGCUCCGGCUUGCGGCAAAGUUUGCACCGCUUGACACAGAAUUUUGCAGCAACAUCGGUGGCUUCCCGGGACCAACUGAGCUGCAGUAUGCGCGAGAACCUCUCUUCAAGUUCUUCACAUAUGACCUCAAGAACGACCUCAGCUGGGUGUUUCGAAAGGAUGUUGAACAGUGCUUGGAGUCGGUCAGCAACAGUGCUAUCAACGGCACGGAGUGGGUCGUGGAAGCCAACCUUUGGGAGGCCGCCAAGGGCAUGUUCCAGAGGUUGGGUGAGGCUGUGGGUCCUAGUGACUGGAGCCAGUUUUUUUGGACAGAGGACAACCCUACGCCUGCUGCAGAUACAGUUCUCCGCACAGCCUCUUACAGAACAGCGCCCAUGAGCAGUUACCCUGAGUCAUCCCUUAUUCGGCAACCAUGCAAUACACUGUCAAACUAUGCGUACUACGAGAUCUCCUUGCUAGCAUGCAGCAAAGAGCUCAGUGAUUUUGGUGGCACAUGGCCCUGGAGAUCUGAACUAGUUGCAGCGCCCGCUCUGGUGGCAUUUGCCUCGUUCUCGCUGCACAGCAAUCCUGUAGAGGUCCCCUUUGACACCUUGUUCUUCGAUGUUAUUGCCAUAAGGGCGUUGACUUUCCUAGCUUUCCAGGCUUUGGUUCGGAGCCUCGCAGUGGACAUCACCGAUCCAACCCUUACCGUCAUUCUUGGGUUGUCAAACGACAACCCUUUCGGGGAUGCGCGAGAUGUUGUUCGGAAUUACGAGCUCAACAUUCUGGCCACAACAAAUCUGUUUCUUUACAUCGUGCUGGCAGGCACAAUUGGCCCAGGCCUUGCAGGUCUUCUUUAUCCUGAGAUUUGUGUUGUUUUGGUGGAGAACCUGGAGAGAACUGAAGAAGAAAGAGACAACUCCAGAGGAAUACUUUGCGAUACAAGCUCGCCCUAUUUUGCAGCCGUCGCUUCCACGGCAUGGAUGCAGCCUCCCAGCAUUUCUCGUG